CCAGACUCUACAAACCGUACAGGCCCCGCCCAUAAGCCUGAAGCAAAUCGCAGGUGACAGCAAGAUUAUCUCAAACCCGACAAAGUUGUGGUCGUUAAAACUAUAUUUUUCUCUGUUUUGAACGGUAUUGUAGAACACUCUUAGGUUGACCGUGCUUUCAGUGUAAUGAAAGUAAAUCCGAGAACUCAUCGCGUUUCCGCAGUUCAAAUAGACGUUCAUGCAGAUGGAUUAGCAUCUGUGCUAAAAACAAACGCUCAGCUCAACCCCACAUCCCUUUUCUAAUGCUGUUAUUCAGAUUUGACACUUUCCUCACGCAUGAUCGCAGCGUUGAUCUUAAGAGAAAUGCAGGAGGAAUAUAAAGUAGGAUUCGUGAAACAGAUCCUAAGUUUGAAUUUGGUGCCGAGGAAAAAUGUCACCAACUGCGGGAGGAACGACACGUCUCUGUGCGAUUUCUCCGAGAUGUGGUAUGGGGUGUUUCUGUGGGCCGUUGUCUCCUCGUUGGUGUUCCACCUGCCUGCUGCCCUCUUGGCUCUGGCAACCCUCCGCAGACAUAAGAUGGCACGAUUUUUCCCAGUCGGCAUCCUGCUCAUGGGCAUCAUCGGCCCGCUGUUUGGAGGGGUUCUCACUAGUGCAGCCAUAGCAGGAGUUUAUAAGGCGGCUGGGAAGAGCAUGUACUCCUUGGAGGCCUUGGUGUUUGGAGUGGGACAGUCUUUGUGUGUUUUUAUCAUUUCCUUCUUCAGAGUGCUGGCUACCCUGUAGCACUGAGACAUUAGCACACCAGGCUGCCAACACAAGGAGAGGAAGCAGUUGAGUCAUCUGGGCGUCAUAUGCAAAACAUAGAGGCCUUACUUCCCAAGCAGUCCCAACAACUUGUUUCCUUUGAUACAGAACAUUGGUAUUUUUCCCACACGGGUUUCUGAUUAGUUCUUCGAGUAACAUGGGACUUUUCAUGUGGAAAUGAAAAUUACAAGCUACCUUUAAA